AUGGAAGAGUGCGCCCGUCCGUCCCUCGCUGAGGGUGGAGAAGUGCGCCCGCCCGUCCCUCACUGUGGGUGGAAAAGUGCGCCCGCCACCCCGGCCCUCGCUGUAAGUGGAAGAGUGCACCCGCCCGCCCCUCGCUGUGGGUGGAAGAGUGCGCCCGCCCCUCGCUGUGGGUGGAAGAGUGCGCCCGCCCCUCGCUGUGGGUGGAAGAGUGCGCCCGCCCCUCGCUGUGGGUGGAAGAGUGCGCCCGCCCCUCGCUGUGGGUGGAAGAGUGCGCCCGCCCCUCGCUGUGGGUGGAAGAGUGCGCCCGCCCCUCGCUGUGGGUGGAAGAGUGCGCCCGCCCCUCGCUGUGGGUGGAAGAGUGCGCCCGCCCCUCGCUGUGGGUGGAAGAGUGCGCCCGCCCCUCGCUGUGGGUGGAAGAGUGCGCCCGCCCCUCACUGUGGGUGGAAGAGUGCGCCCGCCCCUCGCUGUGGGUGGAAGAGUGCGCCCGCCCCUCGCUGUGGGUGGAAGAGUGCGCCCGCCCCUCGCUGUGGGUGGAAGAGUGCGCCCGCCCCUCACUGUGGGUGGAAGAGUGCGCCCUCCCGUCCCUCACUGUGGGUGGAAGAGUGCGCCCGCCCGUCCCUCGCUGUGGGUGGAAGAGUGCGCCCGCCCGUCCCUCGCUGUGGGUGGAAGAGUGCGCCCGCCCGCCCUUCACUGUGGGUGGAAGAGUGCGCCCUCCCGUCCCUCACUGUGGGUGGAAGAGUGCGCCCGCCCGUCCCUCGCUGUGGGUGGAAGAGUGCGCCCGCCCGUCCCUCGCUGUGGGUGGAAGAGUGCGCCCGCCCGCCCGCCCGUCCCUCGCUGUGGGUGGAAGAGUGCGCCCUCCCGUCCCUCGCUGUGGGUGGAAGACUGCACCCGCCCGCCCGUCCCUUACUGUCGGUGGAAGAGUGCGCCCGCCCUCUCGCCCGCCCUUCACUGUGGGUGGAAGAGUGCGCCCGCCCACCCCUCGCUGUGCGUGGAAGAGUGCGCUCCCCCGCCCCUCACUGUGGGUGGAAGAGUGCGCCCGCCCACCCCUCGCUGUGCGUGGAAGAGUGCGCCCGCCCGCCCGCCCUUCACUGUGGGUGGAAGAGUACGCCCGCCCGCCCUUCACUGUGGGUGGAAGUGCGCGCCCGCCCGCCCUUCACUGUGGGUGGAAGAGUGCGCCCGCCCGCCCCUCGCUGUGGGUAG